UUGUUUGUAAAUUGUGGUACGUCAAGUGAGACGAGAGUCAAUCGUCACUCAUUGUUGCUUCGCAGUUGAAAAUAAUUGCUGUCCCUUAUGAUCAGCUGAUGAAUUGUGAAUGGUAUUAGUGGACUGAUAGGUUUUAUUUGCAUUGCGGAAAUUGUGGAGUUGAUUUAUGAGGAAAUGUCGAAACCCACGGAGGCUGUCGACUGGGAAGAUCUUCGUAAACAGGCGAGACACCUCGAGAACGAAAUCGAUGCUAAAUUGGUGGCGUACAGUAAGCUUGGGAUUAACACAAAUUCCAGUCAUGCCAGUGCAGACACUGUACCGUUACUGGACGAGGAUCAUGUGUUCGAUAAUAUGACCUCAGAAAUUGGAUCACUCUUGACUAAGCUGGCGAUGAUCAACGACAGAAUGAGUGGUAUCCAGGCGAAUGGAGCUGCGAUGCUCCACACGAUGCAGAGACAUAAGGAAAUACUGAAGGAUUAUAAAUUGGAGUUUAAUAAAUUGCAGAAUAAUUUUAUGAGUCGCAAAGAUCGCGAGGAACUGCUGGGGAGUGUUCGACAGGACAUUGAUAAUUACAAAAAUGUCGGAGGAUUGAACAGAAGAGACAUGUAUUUGAAGGAGAAUCAACACAUACAUAAUUCGGAUCGUUUGAUAACCGAUCAAAUCAACAUCGCCAUGGAGACACGAGACAAUCUCAUGUCCCAGCGUCACGCCUUCAAACGCAUUCAAACAAGAUUCAACGAUAUUUCAAAUCGAUUUCCAGCAGUUAAUAGUCUCAUACAACGAAUUAAUUUGCGCAAACGACGGGACUCGUUGCUCCUCGGUCUUGUCAUUGGAUUCUGCACUUUCCUGAUGCUCCUCUAUGCCUUUCACUGAGUCGAACAUCUUUGCAUUUCAGUCGAUAAAAUAUUUUUUAUAUUCGAGCUUUCAUUUACUCCAUGCGGUGAUAACAGCGAGGGAAUUUAUUAUUAAAUUAAUGAUUAUUGACCAAUUUAUGGAGUCCAGAGGGUGCAUGUGAAAUUGAAGAUGCAACAAGGGGGCAAAAUGGAGACUUCAGAAUUUUUUUUUUCCGUUUUAAAACAUUCAAUUGUCGAUGAAAUGGAAUGAUUUUUGCUUUUCUUGAAGAGUCCACUUCUUUCUCUUUACUUCUGAGUCAUGAAUAUUUAAAAAAUGUCUGAAGACGCCAUUCUGCCCCACCCCUGUUAUUCAAGUGAUACCACAAUGAAAAUUAAAUUCUUUACGAGAGAGGAGGACUGUAAAUAUAUUUUAGGAUUCCACUGAAAAUUUUAUAUCCUUGUAUAUACACCGAAUUGAUUCCAAUGUUCAUUGAUAGCUCAGGUUUUUCCAUAUCUUCCCCAAAUACAAAACCCAAACCUGAAUUGAAAUACAAUUUCAACGAGUCGAAUCUCAUUUUCAAACGUAAAAAAUUCUUCGGAAUUGGAAAAAAAAUCGUGGAAUUCACCCGGGCAAUCUCCAGUUAUUGAAGAUUGAAAAAUGAAUCUGAAAAAAUUAGAUUUAAGGGCAAUUUCAAUAAUGUCGUUGGCUGUUUAGUUGUGGAUAAAAUACUGAAUAAAAAUCAUUGAUGAUGAA